AUGGCAUCUUACUGGCGAGAACAAAGCGAUCAGUACCCUAAUACAUACAAUCAUGAUCAUCAGCUUCUGUCUCGUACUCGCCAUUCAUUCCGGUUUCCGAACGUGUCUUGUAUCAACAAGAGUCGCCGACGAGUAGUCAACCUGCAUGGACGCUAUAUCAACCGGGAGGGCGUAUGUCUUUCACCGCUUGGUGUUGUGGGUGAUAGCUUUGAUAUCGAUGAUCCCGGAAUUUUGAGCUGGUUCAUGGCUGGGUACUCCUUGACUGUCGGCACAUUCAUCUUGGUCUCUGGCCGGUGCGGCGAUCUAUUCGGCUAUCGUCGAAUGUUCAUCAUCGGAUUCUGCUGGAUUGCGCUCUGGUCUCUUGUUGCAGGUCUCAGCGUCUACUCGCACUAUAUCCUCUUCAUAUUUGCACGUGUUUUCCAAGGCAUCAUUAUUCCUUGGGGUAUGGAUAUGUCCUUCCCUGCAGCAACUCUGAUGUUAUCAAAUGCCGUCGAGCGCAAGCAUCAAGGUGUCGCUGCAUCCCUGGUGACUACUGUUGUCAACUAUAGCAUCUCGCUAAGUUUGGGACUCGCCGGUACAGUGGAGGUUCACGUCAACAAUGGAGGUCACACUCUCGACGAUGUCCUUAGAGCGUAUAGGGGCGCGUUAUACCUGGCUGUUGGUCUCGGUGGACUGGGGAUGUUUCUUAGUGCGAUCUACGUAUUCAAGGGUUAUCGAGCUGAGAGGCGGCCAGCGAAAUCCAAGCACGAGGAAGCCGAGGGAUAG